GAGAAAAAGAGGGCGAAAAAAAAAAAUAAAAAUUCUUACCCAUACGCAUGCGCCCAAUAAUCAUUCAUUCAGCUCCAAGAACUUCACACUAUCACAACAUCAUUCGUCUCAUCUUAAUUUGAAAGUGAGAAGAAUAUUUCUGCAAAUUCACCUCUCCCAGUCCUAAUAAUACUGAAUUAUUUCACCUUUUUUGAUUCUUUUCCCCCUAUAGGAGUAUAAAUUAGCCACCAGAUUUUUUCGUCAGUUUCUCUUGUUCCAAAGUUGCUCAAAUGGUCACCUAUAAUCAAUGCAGAUUCUGAAAAUGUAGCAAAACAAAGAAGAAAUCAAAUUUCAGUAGAAAACCCUUUGAUUAUGUCAGUUUAUCGACACCUGAAAAUGACCCCUGCAUUAUUUAAGAAGAAAUCCGAUGACACACGUCCAAAUGACAAGAAUGCCCCUGAAGCUCUGUCGAGAACUUUGCACAUUUUGCCUACUCCUUCAGAAGAUAACUUCCCAAAGUUGCCCGAUUCUCUAGUUUCUUCAUGUCCUAGUACAUUAUCAUCGUCUAACCACAAAACUGUUGGACAUUUGUUCUCUUCUAGCUCACACAAUAUAAGUCGACCAAAAACAUUGCCGUUCAUUUCUAAGCCUCUAAGCGAUGAAGGUUCUUUAGCAUCGAGCCAACUGGAUGUGGAAAAUAACGAUGACUCUUGGAAUAUGGAUGCAAUCGAGGGUUUUCUUGAUUCUUCAUUGAAUUUACCUGUCGAUAGUAAUCAGCUGGAAAAUCAUUCAGACUGGGCUGAUCAGUUGAUCACAGUCGAUGAUUCACUCGAACCAAAUUUGACUGAUCUCCUUGAAGAUGUAAAUGUUCCGGAUUUGGAUGCCAAGCUGCUGGAAUUGCCACAUAAUCAUCAGUCUACUGUCUCAAGUGGACAAAGCUGUCCUUUAGUAAGCUCUCAUUGUCCUUCUUCGCCAGCUGUCAAAGCACGAAUGCGUUGGACACCCGAGCUUCAUGAACUCUUUGUUGAUGCCGUUAAUAAGCUUGGUGGUUGUGAACGGGCUACACCAAAAGGUGUAUUGAAGCUCAUGAAUGUCGAAAGCCUCACUAUCUAUCAUGUGAAAAGCCACUUGCAGAAGUAUAGAACCGCAAGAUUCAAGCCAGAGUCAUCUGAAGGAAAUUCGGAAAAGAAGCCCAAAAGUGUUGCUGACUUGAAAUCGCUCGACCUGAAGACAACAAUGGGGAUUACCGAGGCACUCAGAAUGCAAAUGGAAGUCCAGAAGCAGCUUCAUGAACAACUUGAGAUUCAAAGAAAUCUACAGUUGCGAAUAGAAGAACAAGGCAAAAACCUCCAAAUGAUGUUCGAGCGGCAAAGGAAGAUGGAAGAAGAGAAGAAACAAAAACCAGACGAACAUUGUUCAAAAACGGCAGGAAUCUCAACUACAGAUGAACAUCCAAACAAGCAAGAAAUGUCGUACGAAUGUGAAAAUCGUGAGGAUCGUGACACGUUGGAUGAUAAUGAACACUGCCCACCAUCUAAACGAGCCAAAUCCGGUGAAAAAGAACAGUCUUGAAACUUGGGGUAUUUUAACUGACUGGUGUAAAUUUGAGAUUGCAAUUUGAAUAUCAUGUUCAGCAUUUAUGUGCAUGGGUUUGUAAAUUAUCAGUUUGUGUGAGUGAUUGUUCAUUAAGAAAUAGGCUGAAAAAGGAACUAUAAAGGCUUCUGUAGUAAUCUUUAGAAUUGUAGUUCAAAGGAGCCUGUUAGAAUACUGGAAGUUUGAAUUUCUGGUUCUUUUCUGUUUUCUUUUUGAAUUAUUGAAAAGCAUUUGCCAAUGUGGAGCCCAUUUUUAUUUGAUUUAUUUAUUUAUUGAAGAGGU